GUUUCUGUAAGAAGCGGAACCGUUAGAACGUAGUAGCAACCUAUACCCCGUCUUCUUCGGUGCGUCAUGAAAAGAAGGGAGUGGUCACAAGAUGCAGGCUUGGACUUACCACCCGCUUGGGACUCUAAAGGACGAAUCGAGCUUUGGCAGUGCUGCAGAGUUCCUCUUGCUUGGACACGAGUUGCGUGUGGUGGGUGUUCCGCGGGGCCUGGAGUGUUGUGUCGUGUGUCGUGUAUAUGUGUGAGUGACGUAUACUUGUAAAGCUUUACCAUGUCUGUUGCAGAAUUUUUAAAAGGCCUUCCUUCCUAUGAUGAAAACAAUUUUGCACGAUUUCACACCGACAGUGGAAGUCGUACUUGUGUUAAACGUCCUUCUGUAUAUUUGCCAACAAAAGAUUAUCCAUCAGAACAAAUUAUUGUCACAGAAAAGACCAACAUAUUACUGAGAUUUCUCCAUCAGCAAUGGGAUAAAAAGAAUUCCCAGAAGAAAAGGGAUCAUGUUAAUUUAGAAAAUUCCGAAGAGUCUGGUUCAAGGAAAAGACCUCGCCUAGAUACUACUGCUACAGGUAGUUCUCCAUAAACUGGUUUUCAUGUGUUCCAUAUCAAAUGCUGGUAAAUUGAUGUUUCUAGAAUGUUAAAUAGUUGACAGAAAUCAAAAAUCAUUGUUCUGUUUACUUAUUGGUGUUUCUUAAAUAUUGUUGUAUGGUUUGAAUGGACAUCUUCAACGUUGGUUUGAAUAAAGUUCAGUGACUACCUCAGAAUCUGUUGUUCAAGUGAAUUGAAAAGUAACUGCUAUGAUGUACUGUGACAAUAGUUGCUUGAGUUCAUUGAACUGUUGCGUCAAACCUUCAUAUGACCAGCAUUAUUGUUUUUUACUUUUUAAGGUAAUAUUCAUUCCUGUGCUACUAGCUUUGUUAACUUUCUUAAAAGUGUAGCAUGCCGAAAAUAUUUAUCAGUUGUGAAGUGGAUAACUAAAAUCGUUGAACGUCAUACUUUUGAAAAUGCAAUAAUAUUUUGUUCUGGUUCUAAUCCAUUUUUAGAUGCAAGCAGUAAUCAUUGUAUUUAUUCAAUGCAUUAAAAUUGUAUUGGUUGAUUGGCAGAGUUCAGUACAACUUUGUAAAGUCAUUGAAAUAAAAGUUUUAUGUUGCCAUGUUUAAGAAGUAAAUUGGAAAGAAAAACUGAAAGUAAAUUGUGUCUUCUAUUAUCAAUUCAUUUUGCUUAUUUUAUGUUUCAAAUUGAAUUGACUAUGGCAGCAUUGUAUGGUCUAAGAAAUUUGCAGAUUCCAGUGGUGAGUCAUGGAUGACAACUUAUACGCGUUGUUUCAGUCACAUUAAUUUUAUUGACAUGAUAAUUAUAAGUACUUAGAAGACUUGCUUUCCUCUGUGUAUGUUGAAAUAGAUUCCCUAUGUUGCUUUAUGUGAUUAAAAAAUAUUCAAGUUCAAUAUGACCAGUGGUAGUAAUGUAAAUGUUCCAUAAUUUUCUGAAUACUUACCAGCUAAAUCUCUUCUUAAAAUAAAAACUGAAUGUCAAUUUGGUGAACUGUUUGGAAAGAAAGAAAUGUUCGUCAUUGUCGAGGAAUUAUGAAUGGUGUUCAGGGAAUGAGUGUCUUAAACUUGCACAAAGUGUUGCUUUAAUGUGGCAUGAUUUGUUACAAUACCUAUAUUUUCUUGUUUUGGAAAUUCUAAAGCAAAUGAGUAUUUUCAGUAUGUGUUGAUACUUAAGUCAUCAAAAUAAAUUCAUGUUCUUCACUGGAUUUGUUGCUUGGUUCAGGUAUGAGUAAUCACCAAAUUAUCUGGUACAUUCUUAGUCCAUUACAUUAUUUAUUAGCUGUGUAUGACAUAGCAUUGUUUUGAUGUUGUUAGGCUGUAUUUUGUAAACUAAUAUGUACCGUGUAUAAAUACUGAGAUUUUAUUUGGCAUUUAUGAUUUUUAUUUAUGUUUAUAUAGAUAUGUACGAGAAGUUUUGUGAAUAAUAAAAUGCCACUGUAAAUUUUUUUCUCUUUGUUGUAAUAAUAUUUUUUAUUACAGUUCACAUUUUAUGAUUUAA